AUGCUUAGGUAUCGUUGGACGGAGAGCAAGGGUGUUCUGGCCGCGCGGCCAGAAUCAGCCCUCAACGUAGGGUACGUAGCGUUGCGCACGCGCCUCAAACAGCCAUUACACCACCACAUUUGGGGCUUAUUAGGGCCGAUGGUCAGCCGUGGUUUCAGGUUAAAAUGCAAUAAUUUAAGGAACAGAUUGGUAGUUUCAGUCAACAAAGAGAAAGAGGAAGAGAAAGAGAAAGAGAAAGAGAAAGAGAAAGAGAAAGAGAAAGAGAAAGAGAAAGAGAAAGAGAAAGAGAAAGAGAAAGAGAAAGAGAAAGAGAAAGAGAAAGAGAAAGAGAAAGAGAAAGAGAAAGAGAAAGAGAAAGAGAAAGAGAAAGAGAAAGAGAAAGAGAAAGAGAAAGAGAAAGAGAAAGAGAAAGAGAAAGAGAAAGAGAAAGAGAAAGAGAAAGAGAAAGAGAAAGAGAAAGAGAAAGAUACAUGUAAAUAUACUAGCCCAAGUGACAAUGCUGAGAAGUUCGAUGGUGAAUUCAAUAAUUUUCUAAAGGAUUUGGGGACAUUUAUAUAUAAAGGUAAAGAUUCAUCAGAUGCUACUAAACGAGUCGAGCACAUUCGUUACACGACGGUUCCUGUCAAGAAUUACAGGAAAAGUCAACGUACGGCGCAUAGCGUUCUGCGUGCGCCUCAAAGAGCCAAUAGACCACCAAAGACGGGGCCCCAUAGGGCUGAUGUUCAGCCGGGGUUGCGGGAUAAGCGCAAUGAGGCACCGCGACCUCGGCCUACAGCAGGAGAAGGAACAGGGGGAAUAGAUAGAUAUAGAUACAGUCAAGCCGAUAGGAAAGAGGUACAAAACAGCAAACCACAAAAUCGGGCGACUGAUGUCAUGGCUAGAAGAAUGCAACGUCAAAAAGAAAUGGUUGUUGUGAUGCGCAACACGUCUGCUCUUGUUGUAUCAAGGCAACAGCUCUGUGAACCUUUGACACUUCCAAUCACUGCUAAUACUACAAAAUGA